UUGACUGAAAGUGGGGUACACUUUUACAUUUGACUUGAAUAUUUGGGUUGGUUUUAGCAAAUGUCCCACUUUUCAAAGACUUUUCACUGAUUUGUUGUGAGGACCAAGAGAUACAAAAGUGAAGAAACAAAAAAAAGAGAGACUAAAAUGCAGUGACCGAAAAAUUCAGGGAGGAACGGUCAUAUUUUAAUUAAAUGUUGUCAAACAAAGAAUUGUGGGAAGGGUCAUCUUUAAAUUCAAACAAAUGUUAUAGAUUGUGUCUUUUCAUCUUUAAAUUGUGUUUUUGCAUCUUAAAAGUUGCAUUGAUUUAAAAGAAAUCAUCAACAUAUAUAAGAAUGCAUCCUUUCUUCUUAACAACAUGUCUUUUAAUUUUAAUAACUAUGUUAAAUUUUUUUUAAAAUUAAAUGUCUAAGAAUGUGUUUUUUUUAUUCUAACAAUUUCAUUUGUUAAUAAGAAAUGUUUAAAUAUUUAAAAUGUAUAUUUUUAUGAUCAUGUGUAUUUACCUCUUAAAAUGCAAUAGUUUUUAAUCAAGGGUGAAUCUAUGUAGAGAAUACUCUUUUUAAGAUAAUCACAUGAAUUAAUAGAUAGUUAUAGGAAGUUCUUAAUGCAGUCAAUAUAAUUUAUCUCCAGAUUCUCUCUUAUUUUUAAGAGUGUGUGAAAUGAUUUAAAAUAUGUAUUUUCAUCAUAAAAAUAUAUUAUAUGUCUAACUAUCUUAUAAAUUGUGUAGGCUAUUAUGAGUGAUUUCUUGUAAAUUUGGAAAAAUGUUUUAUGUUUUUAUAUAUGCAUAAAUAUUAUCUUCAUACAACACGUCUUCUCAUCGGAAGAGCUACAUGUCUACAAACGUGUCUUUCACCUAACUAUAUUUUUUUCAUGUGAUUUUCCAUCUUAGUAAUUGUAUAGUUAAAACAUUUUUUAUGCAUCAACUUGUUAUAUGUGCUAUUUAUGUAGUGAAUCACUACUACAUGUAAAUUGGAGAGGAUUAUUAGCAAUUUUAAGUAAAUCUUUGCAACCGUUCAAGUGAAUCAUUACAAGUGUUUGGUGAAACAGUUACAACUUCUUAAAUGAAACAUGCAACUGUUAGUGGUUAUACUUUUUAGUGAUGUAUCAUUGCAAUUGUUGGUAAUUGUAGUUUUUUUUGGUAACAAAUCAUUGCAACUUUUGGUGUUAACAAAUUUUCAAUCUUCUUUAUAAGGAUUUGUGGCUAUUGACAAAUCACAACAAUCAAAAAUAGACUAAAUAAAGGACAUUAUUCCUCAAAAGAUUAUCAAAAACAAUGAUAUGUUUUUAUGUGUCUUAUUUAUUUAAAAUAUUUUAUUGAUAUCUUUUUUGUCAUUUUCUUACAUAUAUUUAUAUUAUACAUUUUUAAAUAUAUGAAGAGGUUAUGGAUAUGUUUUUUUUUUCUUUUCUUACACAUAAACUUCUUUGAAAAAAAUGAGAUACUUUAUAUAAAAUUAUAAAUUAUAAAAAAUGGCGAAUAGUGAGUUCCCAGUAAUAACUUAAAAUAUGCAUAAAAUUUUGAAUGUAUUUUUAAUGUGUGUGCCUUUACGAAUUGGUCAUAUUCUUUUAGUUGUAGUGUAUUUUUCAUUUAACAAUUGAAUAGUUUAUGAGAAUCUAUUUUCAUAAUUAUCAAAUCUAUCUCUAUUUAAUCAAAUUUUAUUUUAUUUUACAUGCAAAAGAUGCAUUUGUUUAUUCAAAGGUUUUUUCUGUAAAAAAUAUGCAACCUUUAAGAAUACUAAAAAUGUUGUAAAAGCGUAUCCUUUCAAAAAUUUAAUAUUUUGAAGUUUAAAUUUUAUUUCAGAUAAAAUUAAUCUGUUUCUAUGGGUGUAUCUCUGCUUUUUGAUGAAAUAAAUUGAAAUGUGUUUUUUACUCAUUCAUAAAGAGAUCUUUUAAAAAUAUUAAAUAGAUUUUCAUAUAUUAACAUGUUAUAAGAUUAUAAAAAUUGAAAGAUGAUGGAGUUAUGUUUAAACAAUAAUAUUUACUGUUUAGCCUUUUGGAAACGAUACAAAUGGAAAUUAAUAUAUAUUGAUUGUAUAAUAUUUUAUAUAAAACAACUUGGAAAUAAAUAUUUAAAUAUUUUAAAGACUCGAAACAUGAUUGAAUAUAUCUAAGGACCAAAAUAGGUUGAAUAGUUUUAGAUACAGUUAUAAAGUUUUCUUUUGUAAUAUGUGAUUAUCUAUUUUUAUAAAAUGAGUUCCGUGCGACAUCGCACGGGUUCCUUACCUAGUAUUAAUAACGCCGAAUAAUAAAUAUAAAUAAUAAUGUUGUAGAAUUACACAAUAUAUAAUAUUAAAAUAAAAAUUAUAUAUUUUAAAAAUUAUAAUAAUAUUAAAUUCAUUUAUAAAAUGAAAAAAUAUCCGCACACAUGUGCGGAUUAAAAUCUAAUUUAUCAUUAUGUAUGAAGUCCUCAAUAUUUCGCACCUGACAUUGUAUCUCGAGUCAGAGUGAUACUCUGGACAUGAGUGUAGACCCCAUUCGUUUUAAGUUCUUUAACAAGACACAUGUAAUUCAUCUGCCUACAAUUAUUGAACGAAGCAACAAGUUGUUGUCUCGGUCACUCGUGAUUUUGACUAAACAUUACUUUGUACUAUUGCUUUUGAACUUUCUAUAUGUUAUUUUCCAAAAUACCCACACACAUCAAAAUACAUCCAGCUUGUUUCUUAAAAUCUUUCAUUUAUUAAACUAUUUUUUAUUUAUUUUAGCAAUUCUUGGACCUAUCUACUAUAUAACCCAUUGACUGAUUCAUGCAUAUAUAUAUAUAUAUAUGAGGACCAACAUCGAUUAAAAUUUGUUUUCAAUGUUUUAUUUUAUUUUUAUUUUUUUGAAAGCAAAUAAUAGUUUAUCGUAUACCAUGUUUUAUUUUUCUCUUAUAUAUAUAUUUAUUUUUGUCGACUAUUUUUGUCUUAUAUAUAUGUGCAUAUAUCAUACAUAGGAGACUCUGAUAAGUUAUCUCUGUGAUUACGACUAAGAUAACUAGGAGAGAAAAAUUAUCUCUUAUCUAUCCGCCUGUUCAUUCGUCAUUGUCGUGGCUAAAUGAUUUAUAUAGUAGUUUUUAUUUUUGUGUUUAUUGGAAUAAUUACUAAAUUAUUAAAUACGAAAAUGUCGUUUUGUUCUAGUUUUGACUAUUCAAUUAGCAUAUUAAACGUGAAUUGAUGUCUGGAGAGAGCUUAAUAUAGCUGUCGAGAAAGCUACAAGUAUCUCUAAUUUAACGUGUAACUUGGCCAACUGCAUCUGAUGUAAUAGUUUUAUUUAUAGACCAAUAACAUAAUCGUUCAUAUAGCCGUCGACUUCUAUUGGUGAUUAUUAAUUACACACUCGGUUAUAACUUAUAAUUGGUUUGUUCUUGGACGGCCGAUGGAUAUACUUAGUUCACCAUAUUAAUUACUAGGAACAAACAAAACAUUUCUAAACCAAGGUCUUUAUGUUUCUGGUUGUAGAGUGAAAGCAAAAAGUAAUAACCACUAAACAAAGGUGUGUUCGCAUGGGUUGCUCUCUGUCAAAGAAGAAGAAUGCAAUACGACCACCGGGAUAUGAGGAUCCUGACCUUCUUGCAUCCGUUACGCCAUUUACCGUAGCAGAAGUGGAGGCUUUGUAUGAACUGUUCAAGAAGCUAAGCAGCUCAAUUAUCGACGACGGUCUUAUUCAUAAGGAAGAGUUCCAGCUGGCUUUAUUCAGAAAUAGGAACCAGAAGAACCUUUUCGCUGAUCGGAUAUUUGAUGUAUUUGAUGUGAAGCGAAAUGGAGUGAUCGAGUUUGGUGAAUUUGUCAGGUCUUUAGGUGUCUUCCAUCCAAAUGCACCUGUCCAUGAAAAGAUCAAAUUUGCUUUCAACUUGUAUGACUUAAGGCAAACUGGAUUCAUCGAACGAGAAGAAUUGAAAGAGAUGGUAAUCGCGCUUCUUCACGAAUCUGAACUUGUUCUUUCCGAAGAUUUGAUCGAAGUAAUGGUGGAUAAGGCGUUUAUGGAAGCUGAUCGCAAGAAGGACGGGAAAAUUGAUCUAGAUGAAUGGAAAGAGUUUGUGUCCAUGAAUCCGUCGCUCAUCAAGAACAUGACUUUGCCUUAUCUAAAGGACAUAAAAGGGACGUUUCCAAGUUUCGUUUCAUCUUGUGAAGACGAAGAAUUGGAGUUGCAAAACCUAUAGAUUUCUAAGUGAAUUCCAUGCAGAUUGCAGAUAAAGAACGAUCAAAAGACUCAGCUUCUAGACUUCUUCUUAAUCUUUGGAAAGUUUUGUAACAAAAUUGUAAAGAGGAGUAUAAGCUAGGAUUUGAAAUUGGCUGUAACAAACCAAUCUCGAUAAUGAUGUAUAUUGUCUUGUGUAUAUAUUUGCAUACCUUGCUAGCUUAAAUACUUCUAUGUGGAACAAAUGAACUUCCAUUUUCACACAGAGGAAUAAUUUUAAAAUACUUUAUUAUUAUUCGUUUUAGUGAUGUACAUACAACAUAUAAUCUCAAGUUUAAGGAGGUAAAGUGCAAUUUUGUUAGAGUCGGUAUGAAGCCACAAAGGUAUGUGAUGGGAGUUCUUAGCGAAAUAUAAGAAGUUUUAAGAACAUGAUUAACGAGAGUUCUUAACGAAAUAUAAGAAACC